AUGAAUCCAAAUAUCGAUAUCGGACAAAUCGAAGGUGCUUUCAUGCAAGGGGUUGGUAUGGUCACCGUCGAAGAACUCAUCUGGGGUGACGAACAACAUAAAUGGUUACCUCCGGGUUGUCUGUUUACACAAGGACCCGGUGCAUACAAAGUUCCAUCAUUCAAUGAUAUACCUAUUGAUUUUCGUAUUUCUCUUUUUAAAAAUGCACCUAAUCCGUUUGCUAUUUUCUCAUCCAAAGGUGUGAGCGAACCAUCGAUAACUUUAUCAACCACUGUUUUCUUUGCGAUCAAGAACGCCAUUGGAUCCUAUCGACGUGAUAAUAAUUUGAAUGAAUAUUUCGUAUUGAAUAGUCCAGCAACAUGUGAAAAAAUACGGAUGGCAUGUGCGGAUAGUUUUACGAAGGAAACAAUUGGCGAGGAACGGUACGGCACAUUUCAAGCGAACGGAAGUUAUUAG